UAACAAAAGCAGCAGCUGGCCUCGUGUUCUGCUGCUCCGUGUUUUUGCGGUAUAAUUAAAAUGCAGGGUUUAAUUUCGGUGCACAUGGAGACGUUCAACAAGCUGCUGCUGGAAUAUCCCGGGUUAAUGUACAGCGGAGUCGGAGCUACUGCGUUUGUAGCCGGCGGAGCGCUGAUAUACAAAAUAGCCACCAGAAAGAAGCCCACUCAUGCAAAUGUUAACUGCUGGUUCUGCAAUCAGAAUACAGUGGUGCCCUAUGGGAACAGGAACUGCUGGGAUUGUCCCAACUGUGACCAGUACAAUGGCUUCCAAGAGAAUGGGGAUUACAAUAAACCCAUCCCAGCUCAGUACAUGGAACACCUGAAUCACGGUGUAUCUGGAAGCCUUCCUUCAUCUGAGACACCCAAGACUCUGCAGUGGGUGAACUCUCAGAUGCUGCUGUGCAGGAAAUGUAAUAAUAACCAGUCUGUAAAGAUCAAGCAGUUGGCCUCAUAUAUCCCAAGGGAUGAUGAGAACUACGAUGAGGAAAUUGAAGCCUACAAACACCACCUGGAGCAGACUUACAAGUUAUGCAGACCAUGUCAGACAGCAGUGGAGUAUUAUGUUAAAUAUCAAAACCGCCAGCUUCGUACAGUGCUCCUAAACCAUCAGCUUCGGCGUACCAGAGAAUCAGACAUGGGGUUUGUUAAAAGCUCCCAGUCUGUGUCUUCUCCCACGGGGGUCAUACUGCUCCGGAUCCUUGCCUUCCUGAUAUGUGCGUUCCUCCUUGCUACGUCCUUCUUUGGGUUUCCAGAUCAGCGUGCAUCGCCUAGCGGCCUACAGACUUUAAGUGGUGGGGUCAUUCCUCCUAAGCCCCAGAAUGAAUCCACCUCCAACAACGACACGGUAUCACCACCUGUAUGGCAAAGUUUGCUGGAUUUGCUCCCAGACAAGGCCGUAGAAAAUACCAAGCUGGUUUGGCAGCAUGGAAGAGAUCACCAGCUGGCUGUGGUUUCUGUUGGACUCUUGACUUGUCUCUCUGCCAUUUUCUUAGCAGGACCUAUGAGGUUGAGGAGAAUUGAUGCCGUAUCAUCUGUCCUGUGGUUUUUCAUCCUGUGCCUCUACCUGGCUGAGGUCUACUUCACUGCUGCCUUGGAUUGGAUGGACACCGCGAAGCUCGUUACCAUCUCCCUCUGUUGCCUUGUCAGCUUUGCUGCCGCGGCGGCAACUCGCAAACCGCUGAGUCCACGGCGAGCCAGAUAUCGAAGAUACCUUUCAGGCAGCUCUGCCGGCGCCCCCUUCAGCAUCCAGCCUCCGCUGCACUCUCCCGACCUGGCAGAAUCCUUCAUCCCCAUGCCGCCGCCCAACCUCUCCAAGCUCAUCAACCGUCAGCACUGUCCUCGUGAGCGCAAGGCUUCCCCCUCCUCUCUGCCGGGGCGUCUCAGCAGGGCCCUCUGCCUCGGCACGAUGCCCUCCCUCACCAGGACAGGUUCUGGUUAUCUGUUCAGUGGAAGCCGACCAGCCUCACUGUACAAAGACUCACCUUCUUCAGACUACUUUUCACUGAAGUCUGGAAGCCGCCCAUCAUCCCCAGGACCCUCUCCAACUCCUUCAGUAGCCGAAUCGGUAACGUCCAGUUCCGGUUCUGCCAGACAUCGCCGUCCCCUCAUCUGCCCCGCUCGCCUCAACAUCAGCGGGCAGAAACUCCGGCUGUUCUCAGCGGACCCAGAACCAAUAUUCAUGUCCCCGCCUGUGUCUCCAUCACAUUUCUUCACAGAGCCAACUCCUUCCAUUUACAGCGGCCGGUUUUCACCUGACAUAUCACCCUUCCAAAGUCAAAAUGAUUUGAGCUCCUUGUUAAGAGCUGGAAGUGUGAUUGGCGAGGAAGCAAAACAAAGCAGCUCCUCUGAGUCCUCAGCAUGCCGGGUUGGCACGACAACGCAGGGUCUGGAUGGCAUCCCUCCUCCAAAAGGUUUAACAAAGCGUCUUGUGUGGCCAGGACUCCUGUUAGCGAGCCUCACUGCCAACCUGUUCUUCUCCUGCCUGUACAUGUACCACAACUGGACUUGAAGUGUUGAACGGGUGUGUUGACUGGACCACUGGGCCUUGACAAGCCUGUUGUCUCUGUAGAGCAGGAGGUCCUUCAGCAGCAGCAGCAGCAGAAACAUUCACCUCUCUGAUAGUUGUUGUGUGCUGGUGAUUGCAGACGUCUGCUGACACAUUUUCAGCAACAACCCAGUUUACUGGAGUUACAGGAAAAUGAGGAGUUUGAAUUUAUCAUUCGUUACUGCUUAAACAUAAUUUGUCUUUUGUCUUUUGGUCACUGCUCCUCUUAUGUAAAGGUGCAACUGAUUGAGGAGAGUGAAUUCAUGCACUGACGCUUAACGGCUUUUUAAAACCUUUUGCUGUGAAAUGUGCAAUAAACACGUACUGUUCAGUAGAUGCUGUUUGGGCACAAACGGUCAUGUCUUACCUACUUAUCUGGAUUGUAAUGAGGGCGUUAGUUUCCCUAACUGAGGAACAUUUUUGGUUUUCUCCGAGAGCCAAAAUGGCGAAACAUUAGGCAGCAUGUUUUGUAGUUUUGCUUUUUUGAUAUGUCUGUACAGAGUCUUCAGUCGUCCGGGUGUCAAUCCUCAGUGUUUCAGCAGAAGGCAACUGAGUUUUGCUUUUUUUUCUCAUCCUUCCUCAGUUCUAAACAACUGAAUGGGAUUCCCAGGUAGUUAUUCUAAACAACAAAUACUCACAGUCUGUUAACACAAGGCUCAAAAUGUGAAUCGUGGAAGAACUGCCUGAGGAGGGAUUUUAAGGCUGCAUUAUAAGUACCUGAGAAGUGAUGUGUUAAACCUCCUCUGUUCAGUGAUUGCUGUCUUACUUAACUUCACUCCAGGUAUCUUCCUUCUCUGUCCAGAAUGUAGAGAUCUCUGUCAACAAACGAGUGUCCCUUGUUAGGAAGGUUAAGACAAGUCUCUAAAGGAUGAAGGAAGCUUCCUUUAGGACAGCAAUGUGCUUUUAUUGAAGCACUGAGUUUUUUUUUUUUUUUUAAAUAUUUGUACAGAUUUUCACUUUGCGAUGUCACAGAACUGGUGUUGUCUGUUAAAGAGUGGUGCUCUCUUCUGUUGUUUUGUAACCCAGUUUAGAGGUCAACAUUCUUAACACUACGUUCGUUUUAUACAGUCACUUACUACAGAAAUGCUUCUGUUUUACCACUCCAGGUUGUCAUCUCCUCCAGUUAUCCUUUACACUGACUAGAUUGUAAGAGGUAGAACUGGUAAGAUGAAGUGCAAUACAGAACAGCUGAAUUCUAAUUCAUGAAAAGAAAUCAUGUUUAUGUGAUGGCAGCAUAAGGGCCUGUUCAUGCUUUCUGUAGGCUUUAAGCUUUACAAAGUGGACUGAACUACAGAUUGGGCUGCAGUAAAUACGGCUGAGGUGUGUCGAGCAGGCGAACAUAGCACAGGAUCUCUGGAGAAUUUAGAGCUUCCUGCUGUGUUUGGGCUCCUCCAAAGUCCUGCAGCGAUUAAUUUAAUUCUAACUCUUAGUACUGGACUGUAAAGGCAUGGGUUUAUGUUGUGUGUACCCUCUGCUGAUACGGAAAGCAUGAAUUGGCCUUAAGGAAGUCACAGAGAGAUUUUACUCCUCAGCUGUGAAGUAAUGAACACAGGACUUUCUCUACAACUGGUAGUCAAACUUUUUGGAAAUGUUUUUGCACUUGUUUUUCUGAAUCAUAUUUUCAGUUACUUGUGUUUGACUGUUGCUUUGAAUGUGUGAUUUAAAGUAGUUGUUUGAGAUGAAGAGCACAGAAUUUUUGUUAUUGUUUAAAUGUUAAAUGCAGGAUUUACAAAAAGUUGUACAUUUUUAAUACUUAAUCUGUGUAUGAACAGGUUGCAGUUUGUGUUGAAUGACUAUCCUUGAUUUCUGAAUAUGGAAUAAUUUGAUUCUCUUCGGGUAACUACUCUGUUAUGCAAUUCUUAAUGCUAAUUUGUGAUAAUUUCAGGUUUGAUUGAAGUUAUUUUGAGCCAAAGUUUAAAAAAAGUACUGAAAAUUAUGUAAAAAUGUGUGUGUCUGAAUAAGUAAAACUUGCUACUGAAAACCAGUGUCCUAUGGUAGAUAUGGAAUACUAUCAUUAGACCACAGUAUGGGUAAUAGAUUUGAAAGCUAUUUUUCCUCUUUAUGCUGUAUACAGAUGUGUGCUUAUUUCUUCUCUAAAGAAGACUCGUUUUUGGAAGAUCAAGAUACACGUUGAAAUGUAAAAUGUUCUUUUUCAGUCGAAUGAGACAAACUGUUCUUUUCAAAAUAAAUUCAUUUUUGAAUUUGUAUUUAAAGUGUAAUUAAACUAUGUUGAUCAUUAAGUCAAAUCAAAGAUUGUCCGUUUCAGGCUCUUUGACAAUAAGUAUGAGUGUGUUGUUCUCUUUGAUAUUUUCACUAAUUGCUUUGAUGGCUUGUUAUUCCACUGUGUUCAGCAAAUGUUUGGUCUGUAACUGUAUGCAAUGACUUUAGCUUCAUCUGCUCUUGUACUUUUACAAUAAAGUAUCUUUUCCUUAA